CUUUUCCGUACCAAACCCCAAAAGCAAAGGCGAAGGCCAACGCUGACCGAUUACGUGGAAUAGUAGGAGAAACACGACGUAACAUUUUCGGAAAAUUAGUCAAAGACGUGGGUAAAUUACCAAGCUGUAGAUUUAUAGUUAUAUUCAUGUUAGAUCUCGUAAUAGAUUUCAUACCGACUCCCUCUUCUCGUUCUUCUUGUCGUAACCACCACUUAAUUAUAAACCCGACGACACCACUCUGUCUUCGUCUCCCUCUCUCUCUUUCUUUCUCUCUGCUCCCUCAGUCCAAAUCCAACAGCCUCGACGCACCUCGAUCUCUCUCUCACUCUGUCUCUCUCCCUUGCUCACUCACAAUAGGAAGAGGAAGAGAAUUGGGGUGUUGAGCAUUUGGAAUAUGAGCUGGAGGGUGGAGGGGAAAGGGUCGGAUCUGGUGCUCCGCCGCCGUAGUUGCCGGAAGUAGGGGGAGGGAGGAGGCCAUGAAGGACAGGAGGAGAAGAGCAGGGGCAGCGUGGAGGGGCUCACCCCGGGCGCCGUCGCCGCCGUCCAGCUCCUCCCUCUGGUUCGCCCUUUUCGUUUUCUUUUGCUUCGCCCUCUUCGCCGCCGUCGCCUUCUCCACGGUCCGCCUUUUCGGAGUGUCAUUCCGCCCGGUGCUGAUGUCCACGUGGCAGUCCCCGGCCAUGAAUGCCGUUUCCGGCGAGCUCCCCAUCUCCCGGCGAGACCCCGCCGCCGCCUUCCCUUCCCUCCAGAUUCAAGAAGCAAUCUCCUUCCCCGACCAAGUCCUCCUCUUCCUCAAAUCCCCCCCUUCCCUCCCCAUUUCCGACCUCCUCUGCCUCUACUACUCUUCCUCCCUCUCCAUCACCCCAGGCGGCGGCGGCGGCGGCGGCGGGCGCCCCGACCUCCACCUCCCCCCUAUCUCCUCCUCCUCCUCCUCCUCCCCCGACCCCCUCCUCGUCCGCUGCCCCCUCGCCCCCAGCGGCUUCUCCAUCUCUCUUUCCCCCUUCCCCUCCCUCUCCCUCGACCUCCCCCCAGUCCGCCCCCACCUCUGGGACCACCUCGCCUACGCCGCCGUCUUCGAUCCCCGCGACAAUUCCACCAUCGUCUUCGCCAAAGGCCUCAACCUCCGCCCCACCCGCCUUUCCGACCCCUCCCGCUACGAGUGCAUCUUCGGCUGGAAUUUCUUCAAGCCCCGGUACCUCCUCACCUCCGCCGUCCUCUCCGCCGCCCAGGAGAUAAUUCGCUGCAAGACCCCCGGCAGCGUCCUCCUCCGCCACCGCCGCCGCCAGUCCAACCGUGCCCCCCCAUUGGUCUCCGUCAAGUCCAAGGGCCGCGGCAGCUUCACCCUCCCCUCUGUUGCUCGCCCCGAGACCAUCUUGUCCCCCCGAGACCGGAGCAAGAAGGAGCACUCCAUGUGCGUGUGCACCAUGGUGCGGAACCAAGCUCGAUUCCUCCAUGAGUGGAUCCUUUACCACUCCCGGAUUGGGGUCCAGCGCUGGUUCAUCUACGACAACAACAGCGAUGAUGGCAUCGAGCAGGUGAUCCAUUCCCUGGCAUCAUCUUCAAAUUACAACAUAACACGCCACUCAUGGCCCUGGAUCAAGACACAGGAGGCAGGCUUCGCACAUUGCGCCCUCCGAGCCCGCGGUCACUGCGAAUGGGUUGGAUUCAUCGACGUCGAUGAAUUCUUGUACCUUCCGAGCAAAACGAGACUGCACGAUGUGCUCCGGAAUUACUCAAGCAAGCCAUGGGUCGGCGAGCUGCGGACUGCUUGCCAUAGCUUCGGACCUUCAGGGAGGAAGUCGAUACCGUCGGAGGGUGUGAUGGUGGGCUACACUUGCAGGAUGAACACCCCCGAGCGCCACAAAUCGAUUGUUCGGCCGGAGGCACUGAAUCCUUCUUUGAUCAAUGUGGUUCAUCAUUUCCAUCUGAGAGAUGGGAUGAGGUAUGUGAACAUGGACAGGGGAGUUAUGGUGAUUAACCACUACAAGUAUCAAGUGUGGGAGGUGUUCAAGGAGAAGUUCUACAGGAGGGUGGCGACCUAUGUUGCAGACUGGCAGGAUGAGGAGAAUGUUGGUUCCAAGGACCGGGCUCCCGGACUGGGGACGAAGGCCGUCGAGCCUCCAGAUUGGCCGAGCCGAUUCUGCGAGGUUCGCGACGCCGGGCUUAGGGAUUGGGUGUUGAGGGUUUUCAGUGACCCCAACACUGGCCUUCUUCCAUGAUAGCUGGGAGAAGAGCUGUAUUUGAUUCAUCACAUCCAUACAGAGAAUGCAGAACAAAAGAAAAAUGAGAGAGAGAGAGAGCAAAGGACUUAGGUAAACUAUUGAAGAUUGAUUACUGUUUGAUUCUUUUUGGGUUUCAUUGAUGUUUCUGUUAUUUUACCACUUCUGCAUUUAUAGAUGAGAGGUAAAUCAUUCUUUUGUAGAUAGAGACAUAAUACAAUACCUUAUAAUGAUAAAGUUUGGAAGGGAUUAACUGAUGGAAGGAAGGCUUGGGUUUUUGUAUUCCAUUUCACUGGUUAUGGUCAUGUCUUUUCUCUGUUUUUCUCA